AUGACCCUGUUGGAGACAGCCUGCCUCGACUUCUGUAUUGAGCUGCUCAACCAGAAGACCAAGGUGCACAAGUACAAGAGCCUGUUAGUAUAUGCAAUGGCGGUCCUUGGUUGCGGCAAGCAGGGCUGGCGCGACGCCGACAGCUAUCCACCAAUCCUCUCAUGUGUACUGAAGGUGGCGCGCUUUCUCGUUGUGCAGAAGAUAUGGGCAGCAGCUGCCAAGCAGGGCUUGUGGGUAGGCAAGGCAGCAGACCAGGAGCUCGCAUGGCUGUUCGAGGACAAAGGUGAUUCAUGGUCUAUGGCCAGCAUGGCCCUGUUGAAGUGCUGCUUGACUGGCGCACGCUGGAGCUUCCUGCAGGAUGCUUGUAUGCUAUGGCCUGUAGCAGGGAAGACAUGGCUGGUCGACCAGAUCAGUACUGAACUGGCUGUUGCUCGAGCCUUCAUCACCCAGGGCACUGUCAGUGCAAACAAGGUGCAGAAGUACUUUCAGCAGGUCGCACAAUUCAAAGAGAAGCUGGCGGUGGCCGUGCACCUCACCAGCAGGGCGCCAGCACGCGUGCCCGAGCUGCUGAGCAUCCAGCACAUCAACACCAACAAUAACUGGCGUCGCAACAUCUUCAUUGAGGACAGCCUCGUCGUGUUUGUGACGGCGUACCAUAAGGGGUUUUACGCGAGCAACAACGUCAAGAUCAUCCACUAG